AUGGCUGACGAUAGUACCCAAGGAGAACCCAAUUCAGUCGCCUUUUCUUUCGAAGAUGCCAGUCAAAUGUACCUCAGUGCCACCAAAAACACAUCUUCUUUCAGCACCGAGAAUUGUCAAAAUCUGGUUGAACCAAUCAGAGCACAGACCGAGGAGAACGUCCGGGUGGUUUGGGGAACCACAAUUAACAUUCAUGAUACAAUCGAGCAGUUUAAAGACUUUAUCCGAUCUUAUACGACCGAAGAUGGCCGCACUCCAUACUUAUCCAUGCUGGAAGAAAUGCACGAGGUUGAAAGAACAACUUUAAAGAUUGAUUGUACUCAUCUCAAGUCAGAUAAGUAUCUUUCUUUGCAUAGCAAAAUACUUCAUUAUCCAGUUGAGAUUUUUCCUCUUUUGGAAAUUGCCGUUACUGAUAUUUAUUUAGAAAGGUAUCCUUCAGCUGCUCCGCAUAUCAAAAUCAUUCUUAACAACAUUGAGAACUCCAAGUACAUUCGUGAUCUUAUGCCUAGUGAUAUUGAUACUUUAAUUGAAAUUACAGGGAUGGUGACUAAGACUAGUAGUAUAAUUCCAGAUAUUACUACGGCUAUCUUUGUUUGCAACAAGUGCCAGGCUUCAGUUAAGUCAGAAGUCGUGCGUGGAGUUAUCUCUGAGCCGGUUGAUUGUGCUUGUGGUGAAAAGUUUACUAUGGAAAUGGACAGUUCGCUAUCUUCCUUCCAGGAUAAGCAGAUCAUUAAGUUGCAAGAACUCCCUGAAAUGUCCAAAGACGGUUUAGUUCCUUCAACCAUUACAGUGAUUGCUAAUUCUAUUCUGACUGAUAAGCUAGUGCCUGGAGAUAAGGUGCAGAUUUCUGGGAUUUAUCGGGCUGUGCCUUUGAAACUGAACUAUCUGCACCGGACAAUCAAAAGUUCAUUCAAUACUUACUUGGAAAUGGUUAGUUUCAAUUUGCUAUCGCACACUCCGGAAUCUCAAGAUGGCUUUGAUGUUCUUGGCCAGAUUGAAGAGUUGCGUAAUAGUAAGACGCUCUACCAUGAUUUAGCUGCUUCAGUGGCCCCUUCUAUUUAUGGUAUGCUUGAUGUUAAGAAAGCUUUAUUGUUACAGAUGUUUGGUGGAGUCACGAAGACCUUGAAUGGUGCUCGUUUUCGGGGUGACAUUAAUGUGUUGUUAGCUGGAGAUCCGGGAGUGGCUAAAAGUCAGCUUAUUCUGGGUGUGCACCGAUUAAUGGAUCGAGGUGUGUAUACGAGUGGUAAAGGAUCAAGUGCAGUUGGUUUGACGGCUAAUGUAUCUCGUGAUUCAGAUAGUGGCCAGUAUAUUUUGGAAUCUGGAGCUCUAGUUAUUAGUGAUGGAGGUAUUUGUUGUAUUGAUGAGUUUGAUAAGAUGGAUGAAUCUACACGAAGUGUUCUUCAUGAAGCUAUGGAGCAACAAACAGUUAGUGUGGCUAAAGCUGGGAUUAUUACUACACUUAAUGCUCGUUGUUCUAUUUUGGCGGCUUGUAAUCCGAUUGGCAGUAAUUAUGAUCCCAAACGGAAUAUUAUUGAGAAUCUAAACAUUCCACCGACCUUACUAAGUCGUUUUGAUAUUGUUUGUCUUUUACUUGAUAAGAUCGAUCCGGUUCGAGAUAGGGAAAUUAGUUCUUAUAUCAUUGAUUUGUAUGCUGGGGAAGAAGAUAAAAGUAAAGGUCCCAUUGAUCCUAAGGUUUUAAAGCAGUACAUCAAAGAAGGCCGUCGAAUCAAUCCCAGGAUCACUCCAGAAUCAGCUGAAAAGAUAUCUAAGGGCUACCAAGAGCUAAGACUACUUGGUAAUGGCAAGAGUGUAACCGCCACAACGAGACAGCUGGAAAGUAUUAUUCGGCUUAGUGAGGCGCAUGCUCGUAUGCGACUCUCAUCUAAAGUCGAGCCAGAGGAUGUAGAAGAAGCCAUGCGACUAAUCAAAGACUCUAUUCAUAUCUAUGCCAUUGAUCCAGUUACCGGUCGAAUUGACAUGGAGCUAAUCCAUUCCGGAAAGACUACUGCCGCUAUUCAGCAAGAAGAAGAUCUUAAGGAAGAAGUUCUUAAGGCUCUAGGCAAAGGCUCGACUAUUCCAGCCCUACUAGAACGUCUUCUACCCAAGUUCCGCCUAACCGAAAAAUCACUGCUUUCUACCUUAGAAGAACUCCAAGAUGAAGGCAAACUUGUACUUGAUGGCUACUAUGCCACCCCUAACUAA